AUGGGUCAGAUUCUUGGGGUUAUCUCCAAUCCGGCCGAGACGCUUCGCCAACUGAACGAGUCCAGAGAAAUGCUGCGGAAGGCUAAGGAAGAUCUGGAACUCAGCAACGAAGCCAAGAAGAUUCCGCCCAAGCAUACCUUCUCCAGGCUACCAGGGUUCCAUGGCCGAAAGGCUGAGCAGGCACUGCUGCGAAGGGUUCUGUCAAACACUCCCAAGAUGACCGUUGUUUUCGGCGCUACCAGCGUGGGCAAGACGGCUUUGUUGAGGGAAGUGCUCGCGACUGAUGACUUCUUCGUUAUCAAAUUCGAUCUAAGAAUUAGCGGCUUCGCUGAUCUGAGAACCCUGUACCUAUCUUUAUGUGCGCAGUUCGAGAGCUUUUUCCAGGAGAUGAACGAUGAGGAGAUGAACAAGAACAUGCUCACUUUCAAGCACUUGAAGCUGGAGUUUCUGGAGAAGGAGAAGCCUGACAAUGGAGUUCCUGGGUAUCAGAUUACUGUUGCCGACUUAGCAAGCUUGAUGGAAUCUUUGCAAAGUUGUCUUCUCAAGUAUUGGGACUACAAUGCUGAGACUGAGCAGACCGAGACCGGAGAAGCUAAGCAAGAUGAUGGAGAGGCAGGUCAGACCGGAGCCGAGAUUAAAGCUCGCCAGGUCGAUGCAACGCAAUCUACAGACAAGAGCUCAGGAGAGACAAAGAUCACUAAUGCAGACGGACGACAUCAAGAGGCAGAGCAGAGGCCAUUCAAAAAGCGUCCAAUCGUGUUUCUCAUGGACGAGGCGCACAAGUUGCCGGCUUUGGUCGACGAUCAGCUCAGCUUGAAAGUCUUUCUCGACACGCUGCUUGUCAUCACGAAGCAAGACCGCUUGUGCCAUGUAGUUCUGUCGACGAGCGACUCCUUCUUCCACCACUUUCUGCGAAGCAUGAAUGUGGGUCACCAUGCGCAGAUCAUGACAAUUGGCGAUGUGCCCAGGGAAGAGGCGCAGACAUUUUAUCAUGAGCACAUCCUACCGUCUCUGCCAGAUGGGAUGCAAAGCAAGCUGACUUUUGACGAGCUUUAUGAUGCCUUUGGCGGCAAGCUAGCUCACCUCAAUGACUACGUGAGCAGCUGGAGCAACAAUCGAGGCGACAUGACUGUCUAUGAGUCUGCGAUCUUCGUACAGGCCUAUACUCUGCUACAAUUCCACCUAACUCGCGCUAAUUUCGAAACGUACUCACCUUUGUCCACAGCGACCUCCGGGAAGGACUCAGAUAAGGAUGAUGCCAAGUUCUCUCCCACAGACCUCGUUUACGUUAUGAAGAAGAUGACAAGCACGCCAUAUUCCAUACCAUACUUUCAACUCUGUCGCGAAGUUGGCACUGAUGCAGUCGACUCUAUGAUCAAGACCAGGAUUCUGGAGCUGAGGUGGACUAAGAGUGUCACCCCUGAGGAUACCGCUGCUGAGCGAUUGUGGAGCGAAGACGGGAUCCAGAGACCGGUAGUUCUUCCUAUGACCCGGAUUAUAAGGAGAGCUAUGGAGAUUGUGCUGAAGGAGCUAGACGAGCAUGAAAUCGAGAGGAAUGCUGAGAAGGCCGAGAGGAAGGCCGAGAAGGAGAGACGAAAAGCCGAAGAAAAAGAUAGGAAACGGGACAAGGACUAG